AUGAAUGAGGUCGAAUUUGUCGUGAGUGCUAGUGAUCCUGCUGCGGAAGAGGAGGGUGCCACGGUUAUGGACCAACCGUUCUUUGAGAAUUGGUAUGGGUAUCAAGAGGAUAUGUUCGAUGCCGGAGGCACGUAUCUAUCGCCGCCGUGGUGGGUCCCGUUCCGCUCCUGGGUCGGGCUGUUUCUCGGGAUCGUGGUGGGCCGGUGGAUAGGCGGGCUGCUAGGCUAUGCGCCUUUUUAUCCCGAGUGGACAACCGACUGGGAGGCAGCCUGCGAGACAAUGCAGCAGAGCUGGUUCCAACGUAAAUUUGCGGACCCACAGGCACAGGAAAGAGCACGGGAAAGGUUUCGUGGUCAGUUGGAGCAGGAGGCAUCGGCCAAAAGGGGGAAGUCGGAGUAG